AUGAACGUAGUAAUGUCUCAAAUGGCACACGUCUUCUCCCACUCUCCCAGGGGACGCGAUGGGGCUGGAGGAGGAGCUGGAGAAGGCGCAAACGGCUUACAAGCAGACGCGGCAAGGUGGGUGGCGCAGGCGCCCGCAUGGGUUCCACCAGUGUGGUAUGGGUGGUCGGUGCUAUGUGUGGGCAGGGACUGGGUAUUCCACGCGUGGGUGAGCAUACGAGGAGGGAAAAUGCAGGAUGGGGGAGUGGUGCAAGCAGGGGGAGCAGGGAGAGCAGGGAGGAUGCGGGGAGGAGGCGAUGCAAAGGAUGCCGUGGCAGCGGUGGUGAUCAUGGCGUGCAACCGAGUGGACUAUCUGCACCACAAGGGCGCUGACAGCAAGUUCCCCCUCUUCAUCUCCCAGGACGGCACGAAUCCAGGAGUCAAGGAUAGGGCCAAGCAAGCCCACCAAUUCACCUACCUGCAGCACAUCGAGACAGCACCACCGAGAAUGAACAACCCAGGAGAGAACAUUGCGUAUUACAGAAUAGCAGAUCACUACAAGUUCGCCCUCACAGAGCUCUUUGACCAUCGGCAGUUUCCACGCGUCAUCAUUCUUGAAGAUGACAUGGAGCUAGCUCCUGACUUCUUUGUUUACUUUGAAGCCGCCUCCAACCUGCUGGAUGUGGACGAGUCCAUCCUGGCAGUAUCCUCAUGGAACGACAACGGCCAAAAGCAAUUCGUGCACGACGCGCACCAGCUCUACCGCUCGGACUUCUUCCCAGGGCUCGGCUGGAUGCUGAAAAAAGAGCUGUGGUUGGAGCUCAAGCCCAAGUGGGCCCGAGCCUACUGGGACGACUGGCUGCGCCUCCCGGAGCAGCGCAAGGGCCGCCAAACCAUCCGCCCGGAGGUCUGCCGAACCUACAACUUCGGGGAGCAUGGCUCCAGCAUGGGCCAAUACUUCAGCCAGUACCUGGCACCCAUCAGGCUCAACAGCGACCCCAUCAACUGGGCUCAGAAGGACCUCAGCUAUCUGCUCGACGUCAGCUACCCCUCCUACAUGCUCUCGCAGCUGCGCUCAGCUCGCCUCAUCCCCCUCGCAGCAGUCAACACCGAGGUGGUAACCCCAUCGGAGCUUGGUUACGAUGUAAUGGUGGAGUAUCGGGAUGAAGGCGGCUUUGCGGAGCUUGCGGGGGAGUUUGGCGUUUUUCAGGAGUGGAAGGCAGGAGUGCCGCGCACGGCUUAUAGUGGGGUUGUAGUGUUUCGCAUCGGGUUCCGCGCGUCGGAAACCGCUCCUUCGCAUCCCGUGGUCAUGGCCUCGUCACGCCUUUGCCACGUGUCCGCCUCCCUGUCCCACCGCACGCUUCUCCCCGUUCCUUCCCAUCCAACCGUCGAUUUCACCCUAGCUGCGCGCCCAGCCGUUCCGCAACGGCGACGCGCUCUCCGCUUAUCUGCUCCUCGCGCGCAAGCCGACGAUGGCACGACUCGGAGAAGCGGGCCGCGGUGGGACCCGUUAUUAGCUGACUCGGGAACGGACUGCCCCGUGCCGGAGGAGCAGCAGCCUAUCAACGAGUACCAGAGUCUCCUAGAGAGCGCGGUGUUCCCGUGGGUCACGCUGGACGGCCUUAGCUACGCGCUGCGGCUCGUGGGCGUUGGAGUGGUUGUCUCCGCGCUGAUUGGCUGGCCUGUUGCGUCGCUGACGUUCGAUCCCAAGCGAGACGCGCUACAGUGUCUGCUGGGGUCGCUGGGCGGCGGGCAGCUGGCAGUUACUCUGGCGGCGCUUCGGCUGUAUCUGGGGUGGUCGUAUAUCGGCAACCGGCUGUUCAGUGCUACAGUGGAAUACGAGGAGACGGGGUGGUACGACGGGCAGGUGUGGGUGAAGACCCCCGAGCUGCUGGCGCGAGACAGACUGCUCGCCUCCUACAAGGUGAAGCCAGUCCUGAAUCGUCUCAAGUCCACCCUCCUGGGCUUGGGCCUCUCCCUUGCCGCCACCACCGCCCUCCUCUUCCUCCUCCCCUCCUCCUCCUCCUCCCCCGCCUCUCUCUCCAGCUUCACUCCUGCCUCCUACAUUCCUGACUCAUCUGCCACGUCAGCACUGACAGCUCAGCAGGAGCGAAGAGCUGGUGACCCUUGGGCAGUGGUGUUAACUCCUCUAGAAGCUCCCACCACCAGCAGCGCCACCCCCUCCGGUACACCUACUUACAGCUUCCAUCACCUCUAG